AUGCUGGGGCAGCGUGUUUGCAUCAACGGCCGAACUUUUGGAAAGCUCAUCAGGGCGGCUGCAGAGGCAGCGGAGCCGGAGCGGGGGGCAUGGUUCCUCGAGCAGCAGUAUGCGUCAGGCCUCGAGGUGGAUGUGGUGGCGUACACCACGGUAGCGGAUGCUUUCUCGAAGGCUGGCAGGCCUGAUGAAGCGGAGGCUUUUCUCUUACGUGCCAAUGCACAGCAGGGCCUUGUGCUUGACUCCGUCGCCAUGGGGGCAUUGAGCAGCGGCUUCGCGAAGCUGGGCCAAGCAGAGAAGGCACAGUACUGGUUGGAGGAGAUGAUCCGGCAAGGCCUGGAGCCCAGCCCCGACAGUGUUGGGGCGGUCGCGGCAGCUUGGGCCCAGAGAGGCAAGCCUCUGCACGCCGAAAUGUGUCUUCGAGAGAUGAGUGGGCGUCACCUCGAGCCCUCGCCGUCAAUGGUCACAUCACUGGUCCAUGGCUGCUCAAAAGGUGGGCAAACAAAGGCCGGUGCGGCCUUUGUGGAGCAGCUGCAGAAGGAAGGUACCACUCCAACCGUGGAGGUUUACAAUGCAAUGCUGAGUGGCUGUGCCCGUCGGGGCAAAACCAGAGAGGCAGAAGCAAAGUUCCGAGAGAUGUUGGAUGCAAGCCUGCAGCCCGACGUCAUCACUUUCAACUCCAUGAUCGAUGCCUAUGCAAAGCAUGGAGAUCUGGCUGCGGCAGAGAGACUGCUGCAGCAAAUGAAUGCCGCAGGCAUAUCGCCCGACACCAUCACGUUUACCUCGCUCAUCAAGUGUUGUGCCAAGCUUGGCGAUGUGUCAGGCGCUUCCAAGUGGCUAUCAGAGAUGCAGCGGCGUGGUCUUGAUGCCGAUGUGGUCACCUACACGGCCAUUAUCCAUGCCUGUGCAAAAAAAGGGAAGGUUGAGGAGGCGAUGCAGUGGAUGGAGCACAUGCAGAGUUCCGGCCUCAAGGCGGACUGCGUAGCCUGGGCAGCGCUGAUCAAUGCGUAUGCAAAGCGAAGCGAUGCCACUGGGGCGCUGGCUUUGCUUCGUGAGUUGGCCGCCCAAGCGUCGGAGCCAAAUGUGGUUGCUUAUUCUGCUGUCCUGAAGGCCUUCGCCCGCACUGCUCAAGCUGAUCGUGUUGGGUCGCUGCUUCAGGAAAUGCAGGGCUUAGCCGUGACUCCGAACCUCAUCACUUGGACCUCAGCCAUCGAGGCGUGUGCGAAGAGCCAGCCAAGGCGCCGCGAAGAGGCAGAGGAUCUUCUGCGCCAAGCGAUCAAAUCUGGGCUGAAGCCUGAUGCAAAGCUCAUCCGCACUAUGAUGCGCGCCGUCGGUGCACCUCGCUGCAUGAGCCUGUGCCGGGAGUUGGGCGCCACCGAAGCUGCAAUGGACGUUUUUGCAUCAUCGCUGCUGUCUGGUUUGCCUGAAAGUGGUGAGCACACGGAAAACGGGUUCACUCUGCAGGCCAUCUCGGCUCGCAAGAAGCGUGCCGAUGAGUCCAAGGAAAUGCGGGUGUCCUUGAGGGCCGAACGGCGCAGCAAGUUGAACAAGUUGUGCUGGGAGAAUGUCGGGCUGACAACAGACGGCCUGGUGCGGGUGGAGGUUCAAAAUGCUGACGAUCUGCAGCAAAUUGUCACGCUGCUGAUUCGCAAAGUGCUGGCAGAGCCUUACUUCAGCGAUCUGUACGCAGAGCUGGUCUCUUGGCUUUGGAACAAAUACCAGGUCUUCCCAGCUGAAGGCGACAUGAAGCCCCACAGUUUUGCCCGAAUUUUUCUGAACACUGUCCAGGCCGAGUUUGAAGAUUUGUUGGCAAAGCUGGAGUCUGGUCAAACAGGUCUCUUCACGCACAACACCGAGUUGGAGCUGGGGGUUGAGACGAAAAGGAUAAGUGAGACGCUGCGGGCUCUCAUGAUGUUUAUGGGGCAUCUUUUUCUGAAGCAGCUACUGGCAUUACGAGUUCUGGAUCACGUUGUUGAAGAGCUCAUUGGCCUGGACGAUGCGGCGCGGCCCUGGCCGGAAGGGUAUCGCAUUGAAUGUGUCUGCGAACUGUUUCGCAUUGUCGGGUGCAAGCUGGAUGAGACCGCGCGUGGGACGGAGAUGUUUAGCACGCUUGCUUGUAGGUUGCGGGAGAUUAACGCCAAGUACCAAAGCCUGGCACAACCAGUUUGCAGCAAGCGAAUCGAUUUUCUCAUUGACAGCUUGUUGCGGAUACGUGAGAAUUCCUGA